UAUUUCUAUCAGUUUUUCAUUGUCAGCAAUGGCUCGUAUGAAUAGACCUGCCCCUGUGGAGAUCACAUAUAAAAACAUGAGGUUCCUCAUCACCCACAAUCCUACCAAUGCCACCUUAAACAAAUUCAUUGAGGAACUAAAGAAGUAUGGUGUGACAACAGUUGUUAGAGUGUGUGAGGCGACGUAUGAUGCCAACUUGGUGGCCAAAGAGGGCAUUCAGGUUCUGGAUUGGCCAUUUGAUGAUGGAGCUCCUCCUUCUAACCAGAUUGUUGACGACUGGUUGAAUCUGCUGAGGAUUAAGUUUAGAGAGGAGCCAGGCUGCUGCAUUGCUGUUCACUGUGUAGCUGGCCUUGGAAGAGCACCAGUCCUUGUUGCCCUCGCUCUGAUUGAGUGUGGAAUGAAAUAUGAAGAUGCUGUCCAAUUCAUCCGACAGAAGCGCCGUGGGGCAUUUAAUAGCAAGCAGCUCUUCUACCUGGAGAAAUAUCGCCCAAAGAUGCGUCUUCGCUUCAAAGAUUCAAAUGGCCAUCGCAACAACUGCUGCAUCCAGUAGAGCUUGUGCCCAAGCCCUGCUGGAAACGCUUAAUCCAGAUAUUUCUGUAAUGUGGACAGUUAUUACGUAUAAUUGGUGAACAUGUGAAAAUACUGAAAAGAGAAAAAAAAAAAAUUCACUUGUGCGUAUCCCCUUUGUGUUGAUUUUACAGUGUGGCCUCUGUUGGCAAAGUGAGUGCUUGUUGUAUGAUCUUGUUAUAAUUUAGGCAGACGUUAAUUUGUUGCAUCUUUGAUUCCAGCCAUUGACUUGUAAAACCAUAUUUUGUUAAACGGUUACAGGAGUGCCCUCUGCCAAACAGUAUUUCUUCCUCUUUUUUUUUUUAUUUUUUAUUUACAACUAUACAACAGCAUAGGUAUCAUUUAAUCUUUAUUUUGUUUUCGAAGAUCUUAAAAUGCCUUAUUAAAAUGAAUGGAGGCCGUUUUGUGGGGAUGACUCCAUGGCAUUUGGAGAAGCUUCACUUGUGAAAACAGCUGCAGAUAUAUAUACGGCAGGAAAAUCAUGAAUUACAAAAAAAAUAUAUAUAUAUUGAAUAAUUGUGUGUAUGUGGAAGGUAUGGAAUCUAGUUUGUGUCGUUUAUCCAGACUUCGUUUACUAAUUACUGCCAUGUCAAUAGUGUGAUUUUUGUGUUUUGGCUUCGAACUGGACCUCUGCGAUAUUUUGUAUGCCUUUUUAUUUGAUGUGCGUAACUUAAAUACUUGGAUACUUGAUUUAUGUACGGUAUUUGAAACGUGUACUAUUAGAUUGGCUAUUUAUACUAUCACUGGGUAUGUGUUUUAGUAUAGUGAGAGAAGUUGUAACUGAUCACUGAUGAGAGAAAACAAAAUAAAGGAAUACACUGAGGA